CUCAACUAAGGCUUGGGGGGAAAAAAGUUGAAAUUAAGGUCAGAAGUUGCACGAUUUGGGCGAAUCUACUAUUAUACCUCUAGAGACGGAAGGGAGUCGAUCGGAAGUUACUCCUUCCCAAAAGGAGAAAGAAAGAACCAGCGAUGAGAAGCAGCUGGGAGGAGUGGAGGAGGAAAUCCCACAGCUGGCUUUAACCGUUUUUUCUUGUAUGCAAUCCUGUCAAUAAAAUGGCAGCUCUAAAUAAUGCAGAAAAUAGUGAAUACAUUACCUCACCCAUUCGUGGACCUGGUGAUGGCAUGGAACAAGAGCAGCCUUCAAAAUCUGUUGAAGUAAUCUCCAACACAACCAGCCAUGCCCAUCGAAGCCCACACAAGAAACUACUUCCAUCCUUGAGUCCUGGAGUCCUUCAGCUGGGAAAAAUUUAUGGUGACAAGGCUGUGGAAAUUGAAGCUGUACGAAUAGUGGUUCCUAAAGCUUCGAUAAACCAUGUGGUGCCUGUUAAAAAUGGUAAAGGAUCUAAAUCCUCAGGUCCUCAAAAAGAGCCCCUCAGUCUGUCCGAUGGGAUUUCAUCAGAUACUAAGAAAGAACUGCUGGAGCUAAGAAGUGAAAUAGGGAAGCUUAAAAAUUCGGAAAAGAGACUCUUACAGGAUAAGGAAGGCCUUUCCAAUCAACUCCAUGUGCAAACAGAGGUCAAUCGGGAGUUGAAAAAGUUACUUGUUGCUUCUGUUGGAAAUGACUUGCAAUAUCAUUUUGAGCGUAUGGCCCGUGAAAAAAAUCAACUGAUUCUUGAAAAUGAAGCCCUUGGGCGGAAUGUGUCUCAGCUGUCUGAGCAGUUAGAGCGGAUGUCUAUACAAUGUGAUGUUUGGCGAAGCAAAUUCCUAGCAAGCAGAGUCAUGUCUGAUGAGUUGACUAACUCCAGAGCAGUUCUCCAGCGUCAGGCCAGAGAUGCACACAGCGCAAUUCAGGAUCUGUUAAAUGAGCGUGAUCAGUUUCGCCAAGAAAUGAUUGCUGCAAAAAAAUUAUUAGAGGAGCUCCUGGUUUCUCUACAGUGGGGAAGGCAGCAGACGUACUACCCUAGUGCACAUCCUCAUAGUACAGUGGAAUUAGCUGCUGUAAAUCAUAAGCUUGCUAGAGCAGUAACUUCACAUCUACUUGGAAACUCUAGUAUUGCUAACAGUCCAAAAAAUGGCUCUUCAUCCACAGAACUCUGCACUACCCCUGCUGAGAAAAUGGCUGAAAUGGUAUUAAGAAUGCUGGAUUCUGGCAAAUGUACAGAAGUAUCAGAACUUUCUUUUUCUGAGCCUUCAACAGCAUCUUUUCUUUCCCCAAAGAAAAAUAUUGGACGGUUUCAUCCCUACACUAGAUAUGAGAACAUAACUUUCAACUGUUGCAAUCACUGCAAGGGAGAAUUACUUGUUCUUUAAAAAAAUCUUUUUGGUAGCAAUGGUUUCGGAUUCCGAUAAAGCAUACGAUCUUUGUGCACUUUUAUUUUCUGUACUUUUAUCUAAUGAGGAUUGGAUUUUGUGCUGGAAUUAUGUCUUUCAUAAAGCUUUCAGGACUUUAAUGUUCUGCUGUCAAAUUCUUCUUUGUGGCAGAUUGAAUUUGUAACGCACUGUCAAUUGUUCAAUGCCAACCAAGAAUGUAUUAGAAAAAUGUUCCAAACUGUACAAAGAAUUAUAGAAUUUGCGUACCGAUGUUUCUUCUUUAAGGGAACACUUGAGAAUAUUAGAAGUAUCCCAUGAACCUCAAAUAUUUACUUCCUUGAAAAGAUGCAGCUUAUUUCUAUAUGUGAACUAUUUUAUUUUAGAAUUAGGGUGGGUGUUUAAGUAUUUUCUACAGUUAAUUUCCAGUAUUAGAGAACUGUUACAUGAGCAGGUUAAACUGCAUAUUUCAAUGAAAGCUGAAAAUGCUUCUUUAGGUAUAAACUGUACUUUAAAGAUCUUAAAUGAUGGAGCUGAUUUGGUGAGAUUAAAUCUAAUGCACAACAUUUAUGUCAAAGAGUAGAAACAGCAUUUAUGUGAAAACUACUGGAGAUGUGCCUCUGAGUUCACCUUUUCUACAGAAUGGGGUGUUUUUUUUUAACAAAGUUGGAAUGAAUAUCCCUGAGGAAUUAUGUGAAAAGGUUUUAAUGGUGCUAUUAAAUGCGGUUGGACUACU